GCCGGCGCGGCUGCGCUGCGGCUCCCCAGUCACUUUUUCCAAGCGCACCGUUCUCUCACAUAUAUCAUACAAUGCAUGUCGGCUCUUUUAUCUUUGACAUGACGUGCAUGAAUGAUGUAGUUCAACACUCAAGUAGGCCUAAGCUGUAGCCAAGCUGCUAAGUUUAAACUUAAGUUCCAUCCUGCAAAUCUCUUUAAGAAAAUGAGUACGAGGCCACGUUUUAUGGCGUUAUGGCUUGUGUUUUUAUCGUCACUGUAUCUUCAAGGGGAGCCAGUGGACAGAUUGAUUAUGAUGUACGUCUCGUGGGCGGUGACAAUGAACUGGAGGGCCGAGUGGAGGUGUACAUAGACGGCGUUUGGGGAACCAUCUGUGAUGAUGAUUGGGACAUGAGAGAGGCUUCUGUGGUGUGCCGUCAGCUCGGAUUCGAGAAGGCCGUAGCGGCGAUCGAAUCGGCAAAGUUUGGCUGGGGGAGCGGCGUUAUCGCUUUGGACGACAUGGCAUGCACUGGCUUAGAAUCCAACCUUGGAGAAUGCAAAGCUUCAAAUAAAAUUGCAAACUGCUUCCAUAGCGAAGACGCGGGAGUUCAAUGCGGUGGUGGCACGACGGAUCCAAAUGGAGAGGUUUUAGAUCGUUACAAGAUCAGACUAGUCAAUGGGGGCAGCCCCAUGCAAGGCAGAGUGGAGGUAUACGAUGGGCGUUGGGGACCCGUUUGCGAUAGCCACUGGGACAUGGACGAUGCUCAAGUGGUGUGUAGGCAGCUUGGUUACGGAGACGCGGUCAAUGCGUGGAAGGGCAUGGACCUUCAAGGCUCUAAGUGGUUUCUGGGACACAUUGUGUACAAUGUGCAAUGUCUAGGUGAUGAGAAUUACCUUCAGGACUGCCAGCUGUCCGAAACUGGAUCCUGCCCCUAUGACCACAACGCCGGCGUCACCUGCAGUGGGACAGAUCCAGAGAACGGCAAAGUUCAACUUGUGCAUGGCGGGGAGGAGUCAGCAGGUCAUGUCGUUAUUUACUUUGAAGGGGAGUUGGGAACAAUCUGUGAUAUUGGCUGGACCUGGGUCAACAGCGAUGUGCUCUGCAAAGAACUUGGAUUUGUCGGUUCCGAAGAGUAUGAUGGCCACAAGGACUCCUCAUUCCUUACAAAUAUCAUGAAAGUCCAGUUGGAGAAUGUCAAUUGUGAAGGCGACGAGCAAAGACUCGUCCAGUGUAGUCAUAGUGGCUGGGGCAACAGCGACUGUGAUCAUUCCAGAGAUGUCUGGGUCCGAUGCCUCCAGGAAAGCCCUGAUCCUCCCUUGCUAUCACCUAGUGAAAUUGCUAGUGUUCUGGUUGGAAGCAUUGCCGUUUUCCUCUUGCUAUUGUGCUUCUGCGUAGGAUGCUUAACGGCCAAAAAAUCCAGCACAGCGACGCAGAGACAGGGUUCAGCGACGGCCUAUUCCCAAGUUCCUCCUGGUGAGACUGUCGAAGCACCUCCCACGGUGCACUAUCACCCUACGCAGCAGUCAGUGACUAUAGGGGAGGCGGCAUCGCCAUCAGCUCCACCCUCAGCUCCACCCUCUUCGUCAGCUGACGAAGCCCCGCCAGCAUAUGAUGCCGUCAUGGCACGCCCAACCCACUUCCCCAAAGUACCGACAGAUUCAGUGCAUGGUGGCAAUCAACCUGUUGCGUUGACACACCCGGCAGUCUACCCUGGACCUAUAGAGCUGACCCAUCCUCCAAGCCUGAUGCACCCAUCACCCCCACCCUAUCAGCCCCCCUUGAGCACCCUCCCCUGAGGCUCCUGCUUACCAAGAAGCUCAUA